AUGGCGGUUGCGGGUUCCAGCUCGGCGGUGCCCGUGUGGCUGACUGAAGACGACCUGGGCUGCGUCAUCUGCCACGGGCUGCUCGACUGGCCCGCCACGCUGCCCUGCGGCCACAGUUUCUGCCGCCGCUGCCUGGAGAGGCUGUGGGGCGCGCCGGGCAAGGGCGGCGGCUGGGCCUGCCCCACCUGCCGCGAGGGCGCGCGCCAGAGGCCGCCCCUGCGCAAGUGCACGCUGCUGCAGGACCUGGUGGACAAGUACAGCCGGGCGCUGCGCGAGCUGGACGCGGGGCCCGGCCGGGCGCCCGCAGGGACCCCCGCAGAGGACCCUGUGCCCGCCCCGCGCCGCCCGUCCCCGCUGCCGGCAGCAGCACAGAAGAGCAUCACAGAAGUUGGUCGGGAGCUGGUCAAGUUGGUGGAGCAGCUUGUAGACAUCACUGGGAGGCUUCAGAAUCAGCGAUCCCUCCCACAGUCAGAGGCAUAUGAUGCAUUGAGCAUCUUGGACACGGCUUCUUGUGACGUGGACCUGUCCUUGGCUUCUCCAAAGAUAGUGACUUCCAACACAUCUGAUGAGCAAAUAGGAGAUGUUCUCCAUGCCCUUGAAGAAAUCCAGGAAAAACUACAGAAAAAUUUCAUGGGAGAAAAAGCCCUCAAUGAACAAACACAGGUGGAACUCCCAGAAACUCCAUCUACCUCCUCAGGCCCGCUGUCUAACUCUGCACCCAGGAAGGCCUCCCAGUUUGCACAUGGGUCCAACAAACUAACGUUUGACCUGAGCAGCCUCUCCUGUAGCUUGGAGCUCUCUGAGGACGGCUGCACAGUGACUGUGUCGCACUGGCCACAGUUCUAUCCCUGGAGUCGUGAGCGAUUUGAGACCUGCCAGGUUUUGUGUUCCCCUGGUCUUUCCUAUGGCCAGUGUUCCUGGAAAGUAGACACUCAACACUGUAGCUACUGGGCUGUUGGAGUGGCUUCGUGGAGGAUGAGCCGUGACAAGAUCCUGGGACGGACUGAAGACUCCUGGUGUGUAGAGUGGAGGGGGACUGGUCAGCUCUCUGCAUGGCACAUGGCAAAGGAAGUUGCCAUCAGCUCAGACAAGCCUGCAGUGGUGGGCAUCCAGUUGGACCUGAUGUCAGGGAAGCUCGCCUUCUAUGAAGUGACGCAUCAGGAGAAGUUUCUAUAUGAGUGCUCGGUCCCUGUCUCCUAUCCUCUGCACCCGGCCUUCUGGCUGUAUGGCUUACUUCCUGGGAACAAGCUGACACUGAAGCAAGAAAUGGCAUAA